AUGCGAGAGGCCAUCAUGCGAGAGGCCAUCAUGCGAGAGUCCAUCAUGCGAGAGGCCACCAUGCGAGAGGCCAUCAUGCGAGAGGCCAUUAUGCGAGAGUCCAUCAUGCGAGAGGCCACCAUGCGAGAGGCCACCAUGCGAGAGGCCAUGUCACCAGGGAGGAUGCCACCAUGCGCGAGAGGUCUCGAGUCAAAGAUUCAUGAAUUUCAAAGAUUUUGGGUCUUCCAGAUGAUUGACGUCAAGGGUACAUAUGAAUACCAGUACCUUUUAGUGUGA